AUGCCCAACAAAGAUAUGCCUGAAGAUGAAGCAAACAGCGAAGAUCUUGUUCCUUACGCGGUGCAGAUUUUCUUAUGGAGACAAAGUACCCCUUUCGUUAGGCCGAAGUUUGGAAAAGUUCACGAUGCCGCAUGUAUGGCAUUUGAAAAAGUCCUAGUACAAAAUCUAAGAUUUGGUCUAACCAGCAGUCUCACAGAGGCUAUCGAAACAAUACCACGAUGGCGCCUUAUUCAAGCAGCCCUUCCUCACGUAAUGCAUUCCUUAGCUGCGUUAUUACACAACAGAGUAAAAGACAACAUGCAAUCCUUAGGAAAUGUAGAAACAAAACUGUUGUACACUUUGCACUGGAUUUUACUUGAUGCCUCCGAUGAAUGUGCCGAUAAUGACUAUGAAAAUGGAAAGUUUUUCUCGAAUCCAUUUCAUUAUCUCUUCUCAGUACCUGUCAUGUCUCUAUUUGUGUUUCUCUUUGCACCAAUAUCUCAUCACUUAAAAGAGUCAGACUUCACAACAAACUACAGAUUAGAGAAUGGGUUAAAAUUAUGGCAAGCUCUGUGGGAGUACAGGCAUCCUGAUGCUGCAUGCUUCACAACACUUGUUAAACCAAAACCUAAGCCAUUUGGUGGAAAACAUUCCAAGAGGCAACAUGGCGACGUCUUUUUGGGUCGUAAGUUCUCGAAAGAAGAAGGAGUAGUGAAUGGAAGUCCUCCCAGCCAGAAUGUAUCAAUUACUCAGUCAGACGCUCCUUCUAAACAAGCCAGUACUGAAGAAGAGCCUUGGCUAUCCUCACCAAAGGAUACGAUAUUUCCCGAAACCAUUCCAGAGGAAAGUUCGAGCACAGAGGAAGAGCAUGUGUUUAUAUACCGGCUACCAUCAGAGUCAAACUAUGCAGGCCAGACGAGGGGAUCUUACACCGUAUACGCUGCGGAUCCGAGCAUCUUUCAACUUAGAAAACCUGAUUCAGCGAAGCCAACACUACCAGGAAUAAAACCGCUACCGCAGAUUACCAAGAUGAGUUCAUCAGAUAAAGAGUCAUUAUCGGAUAGUGGAGGUGCACCUGUAAAAGGAACACCAACUUCCGUGGAAAAAUCACCUCCAAAGCCAAUAAAUGUAUCAGCGGCAACGAUACUAGAUGUCGCCACGUUGCGAUGCUUGUUUUCAUCUCAGUGGCAAGAAGAGGGGGUUUACUGGGCUUUACAUUAUUUAUAUAACAGAUUACGAGAUAUAUCCGACGAUGUUUCCAAGCAAACUCAACCGCGCAAACGCAGCAAUUCACUCCCGAUCCCAAAAAUCGAAGUGUCGAUCUAUCAAAGCUCAGAUCUCAAAGAAAGAGACUCACUGAAGAACUUCAUGGAAGUCCCAGAAACGAAAGAAAUGCCCGUGACGGAAGUGCCCUUUGCCCCAACGCCUAAACUCGACGACGACAACGUGAUGAUAAGACGAGCCAGCGAAAAAAUCAAGCGUAAAAUGAAAAUGUCCGACCUAAAAGCGUUCGUCGAAACGAAACUGUUGUCUAAAUCCGAGAAGGCGUUAGAGAAAAUCGGGCAAGACGAACACAAGUUUAGUUUCCAUACCGCCGAGUACCACAGAUCUUUGGAUAAUACCGAGGACAGACCGAACUCCGCUUUAGCAAGUAACUUCGGACUGAGAUUGACUGGGGAUAUUCAGUGUAAUCUUGUUAAAGGAAAAAGUAUGCCAAGUCUUAGAUACAUAGGCGAAGUUAAGACAGAACGAGCCCACGGAUUUUCCUCAGCUACAACUUCUAAUGUACAAAAGAAGAAAAAUCCCAUUAUAACUGUGACGGAGCACACUCCGACACCGUCGCCUGAUUACUUAUCGAAGACGAGACAGGGCUCACUGGAAUCGCAAAUGGAUUCAGUGAGCAUACAAGGUUCACAGCACAUUCCGACUCCGGAACGGAAGCCAAGCUUGACCCGUUCGCAGACGGACUCCAAUAUAACGUACAUCGUUGAAGAAAUACAAGAAGCGCCGGGAUCUAGCAAUUAUAUUACAAAGGAGGGCGAUAUUGACUUGCAAGUUGUGUUAAAGGCAGUAUAUUCUGUAUCAACUAUGGACAGUUUCUACAUAACAAUCCGUGUCAUGGAAGUCACUUUGAACUUGGUUGAUACACUCAUGGAAAUUGGAGUCCACAAGAACUGGCAGACCGAUAUAACGCAAGAUCCAAGACCAGAGACUAUAGAUCCGUUGAGUGAACUUACAAAGGAUAAAGAUAAUAAGGAUAUAGAUUCGGAGUUGCGUUGUACUCAUAGCCAAGAGUCGACUAACAUUGAUGGCGAAAGUAAAGAACGAACUAAAGACUUCGAGAACUAUGACUGUCCAUAUUACAUGAUCAUGCAUAUUAUUUUGAGACUUCUACGGCAACUAGGAUGUUCCCAUGGCUGCACCACCGCACUACGAGGACCUCAAGCAGAAUCUUUAAGGAUUCAAGCUCGUAACUCUUUAAAAUUCCUACGAUCAUCGUGCAUUACCAAAUUCACACAGCGUAUUAAGGAAAUGACCAAGUUCUCACCAAUACGCGAAGUUUUGGAUAAUCUUCACGCUACUGUUGGGUUUUGUGCAGAGCCGACAAUGGUUUCGCCUUUAAGUCAACAAAAACGGAAUACAUCAAAAUCUCCAGAUCUAAGCCAUUUACAAGCUCAGUACGCUACUAACUUUGGCGCUACUACGGGAUCUACUAAAACAAUUGACUCAUUCGUUAUAGAAUCUGUAUUGAGAGUUCUUGUUACACGGUUUGCACUUAUGCACAAAGAAUUGAAAAUGUUGGAUAACUCGGCGUUGUAUUCUGAGGUCCGCCUUCUGCUAAGUUAUGUUCGGGAAGCCCAUGGCCACGAGUUUCGUCUAGUUGCAUUGAGUGGACUGCUGGAUACGGCUGAAAGACCAGGCGCCCAUCCCAAAGACACUAAUAUGCAGACGACUAGAGUCAUUAGGCAUGGUUGGCGUGUGUCUGACGAAGAUCGCGGAGAUGCUGCAGCAGGGGAGCCAAGUGGAAGUGAAGAAAAGACUCACAAGAAAUUCACGUUCAAGAAACGUAGCGCGUCAUCCACCGGUGCUCAAAGCCUCUUAGAAACUGAAGUCGGAGACGAUUCUGCAAGUCAAUCGCCGCUAUCCGUGCGCACGCGUCGCUACCAACUCACACCGAGGCAGUCUGAACGAACGAUUCCAUCUAUAUCUUCUGUGGAUAUAUCGCAUCACAAGAUAUCUCACUCCAAAUCGAUACCGUCCAAGUUUCACAUUAGUGGAAUAAUGAACUGGUUCCGUCAAAAGCCGCAUCCUCAGCCCCUAGGAAGAAAUGGCUGUGGUUCCGGAGAAUCUUUACCCAUAUCCGGUAGUAUGGCGUCUUUAGCGAGACCAUACAAUAUCCACGUCAAUCGUCCGGUCCAUAUGAAAAGACGAGUCGGAUAUACACUUAACAGAGCAAGAAAACGUGUAGAAGAUAGAUUAAACAGAUUUGGGAUUAGAAAAAUGGGUAAAAAGAGAGAUGGUAGUAUUGAAGAAACGCCGGGUGGUUACAUGUCCCGCCGUGGUUCUAUGGAGGGAGGAUCUGGUGGUGGUGAAUCAGAAGUGGUAAUACUUAAACGUCGUCGGCUAGUCGCAGCUGCCCCACUGUAUGCUGGAUUGGCAAGGUUCAGCUUUAUGUUGGAUGCUACUCAGCCUGGUGCAACACCAGAUGCCCUGUUUAUGGCAGCGCUGUUAGAUCUUCCCCACACAGUAGUUGUUGGUCGAGCAGCGAUCUUAUUGGAAUGUGCGCAAUUGGUUCACAAUUGCAAUAAAGGACAAUGGCCGUAUUGGCUCAAAUCCAACUUAGGGAAACAUCCAGUACCCUCGGGACCUCUACAGUUGAAACGACAACGUUUAGCUGGAAAACUCUUCUAUCAGUGGGCAGAGGCAAUUGGAAAUAGACUAGAAGAAAUGUUGCUUGAAGAUAAAAAACAUUUGGACACGGUCGUUAACUUAGUGGCUGACCCGGACGGACAGAGGGAGUUGUUGCAGCAAGACGAAGAAGAAGAUUUUCUUGAUGAAGCAAGCAUUCGUCUCCCGGGAAAAACAAUUGGCGCUGAAUGUCCCCGCGCCCUAAGAAUGAUCGCAUGCGUCCUUCUAUUCGAAAUAACAGCGUUCCUACGCGAAACAUACCAGAACCUUCCGAAGACAUGUCGCGCAUCGCUCAAGGAAAGAGGGCCCUGGGACCGCGUAUACAGAGAGGCAAACCGACGUUGGAGUAUGGCGCUGUCUAGCAUGGGACAUUCGCAAGCGUCCGCGCAGAGUCUUCAAUCCAUCGCCGGAGUUGAGACUGAGAGGAAAAUAUCGUUUGUCCUACAUGAACCUGAAAACGUUUCCGGCGGCAGUAAUGUAACUUUGGCAGAAGUUAUACCCGGCGGAGUAGAAGAUAAAAAGAGUCGUCUAACGUCGCGCGGAAAGGCGGGAAUACACAGACGGAACACGCAGCAAACUCACUCAGCUUACGGAUCGUUCAAACGACGCUCUAUUAAGCUGCGACAGAAAGAUACACGCGAACCUGAUGAAUUUAUUAAUCGACGAUCUGACUCAAUUCAAAGCAGACGCAAGGUAUCAUCGUUAUCAGAUAGAAGUGACACAUCCGAAGUUUAUCCUGGUGCGGGUGGAACUGUUAUAAUGCCAAAUGAAGUAGAUAGUGGUGGAGAAGAGAGUCCUGGUGUAUUGUCUGAUGAUCACGAUCAUCCGCCGGAUAGUCCUGACAGCAACUCCGCAGAUCUUCCGGACCACAACAAAAAUUACCCUUGGCUUAAAGUUAUGGUGAAGUACUUAAACUCAUUCAACUACGUUUGCUGUCAUCAAAACUUCUGUCACCCAUACUGCUUCCGCCGUAACAUGAGAGCUACGGAACGACUUGUAAAAUCUGUUCGUAAGAUAUACGGUGAAAAGUUUGGUCUUGAAGUGAGCGCAACCAGUUGCGAAGAAGGACCUGGUGGUGCACGACGGGGAAGACGGUCUCGUAAACCGUCGGAGCACUCUACAGAUAGGAUCGAUCGUUCAGUGCUAGAGAGUGUGGGUAUAGCGUAUCGUGCUGCAGGUGUGAAACAUACGAUACCGAACUCAGAUGCGCCACCUAUCAACAAACCGGCGACAAUAUUAUACCCCCCUACUGACCCUCCGCCUAUACUUAAAUAUCUGAAGGGACAGGUUCGUGACGCAUACCAUACCCCCCUCGCCUUAUUAGUAAAAGGGGCAACUAUAAUGAGCGAAGAUAUAUUCGCGGAGAGCGCGCCAGUUGCCUGGCAACUGUUAUUAGAAGCAGAUAGGGAACUCAGUUCUUGUGCUGCCGCCCUAUUUAUUCUAGCGGCUGUGAAAGCACCGCACGCUGCUUCACAGAUUAUGCACAAUGAUCUGAAACAUCCGGAGCCAUCUGUUAGAAUAAACGCAAUAUUAAGAUUCCAAGUCAUGUGGAAACUCCGAUAUCAAGUAUGGCCCCGUAUGGAGGAAGGCGCAUCCAUGACAUUCAAAGUACCACCGCCGGGGAUCGAAUUCACUCUACCAUCACCGAAGAUUGGUAUUGAAUCAUUGGCUGUUGUGGACCCUCCCUGGAGUCCUCAGGUGAAGGAUAAAGAUAUGGAAAUGACGUUAAAUCAGGAACGCCAUCGGUCACUCGUAACAGCUACAAAAACGCGUAAGAAACAACAGACAGAGGCAAUAAAAAAGGCGUUACAGCAACGCGACGACAAGAAGAAGGCGGAGAGAGAAAGUUUCCUUAUCACAACGAUACCAAUUACUAGACAGGCAGCCAGAGAACCUGCUUUGGACCAUGUAGCUGAUGACCACGUGGAACCUCCAGCUGACGAAGAAGCUACGGAGGUCCGUGGUUCACAUCACACCCAAGUUGCAUCUGCCUUAUUCCCUUCCGUUCUGUGCUCUGCUGUAGCCGAAAUCAUAUCUUUAUUGGAUGACGCGGCUGUAUCCAGAGAUGGCUGUUCUGUAUAUGAAGUUGCUUAUCAGGUUAUAUGGGGCUGCCUAGUUGAAGACUCUGCGUUAUUCCUUCGUCAUGUCCUAGAAAGGCUAACGCGAGAUCAUCAAGAUGAAAUGUUCAAACUACUACGUCACCUCAUCAGAUUUAUUCCGAGACUGCCCCAGCAAGCAGCAUUCGCUCUAUACAACUAUAUCAUCGGUUACGUCAUGUUCUACGUGAGAACACCACAUGAAGGCGGUCAGAGGUUAAUUGGUGCAGCUAUGUCUAUUCUAUGGAUGGUUGUGCACAGCGUACACGGUAUUAUGUUUAAGGAUUUAAAACAAAUAUUACGCAAAGAGCAAUGCGACGCGUCCAUACUUUUGACGGCUAAUGUUCCCGCCGCUAAGAAAAUUAUUGUUCACGGUCCAGUCGACAACGAAGGCAGUAUUCCGUCACAGUUCCCUGUGCAAGAAGACACGCAGUUCUGUCAAAUACUCCGAGAGUCGCUCGACUACUUUGGCAUUGCAGAAAAGCAGCACGAUGAAUACUAUCUUGUUGAUUUUAAAACGCGUCAAAUUCACAAUCCACAAAGUUAUGUACGCGAUCACUACUUCUUCAAACGCUCGCAGUAUCCUCAACUGGGUUUGGUCCAUAUGGAACCGGAAGAAGCUUUUAACAAGUUGCAACAUCACGAACUCUUACACAAAUUCGUAGAAAUCGGUAAAGUUUUGCUGGCUUGGGCUAUAUUGAAGAAUGUGGAUAUGGUAGUCCAACGUGUUGUCUUUCUUCACGAUGAAUUAAUGAAACUACCCUCGUUCCCUCGAAAAGCUUUAGAAGCUGAUCUAGCUCUGUACAGCCGUGGACCAUUGGGAUCUACGCUAUUGGGGUGGGUUCGCAUGAUCGCUCGAAUGUUUGAAGCAAUGGCGGGCAAUUUCACAUCUUCUAGAGACAUACACUUAUUUCUCAAUGUUCUUAAUGGCGCCCUAAUGUUACACAGCGAAGAUUCACUUAUUUUGCGAUACGUAAUUGCAACGUACGUGAACGCGGCUUUUAAUUUCAAAAAUAUAUUUUCCACUAAUGGCUAUUUACUAAUAAUGCCAACGUUACUUCAAAUAUAUUCAAACUUCCAAACGAACAAGCUGGUAACGACAACGAUUGAAUAUGCAGUCAAACAGUUCUAUUUAUUAAAUCGAAAGCCUUUUAUCUUGCAAAUGUUUGGCUCUGUGUCUGCUAUUUUGGAUACUGAUGAAGACGCAGCUUACGGAGACGCUAGCAAAGUCCAAUCCAGCUGUCUAUUUAACCUGUUGCUAAGUCUAGAGACACCCUCACCCGACCCUCUUCACAUCGCAGAACUUAUUAAAGAAGAGAAACCAUUGAAACCAAUAGAUUUUUGCUACCGUGACGAAGAAGAGAUGGUCAAUGUAUUAGAUUGUAUUAGUCUAUGUGUGAUGGUCGUUUCGUAUUCUGCUGAAAGUAUGCGCGGGUAUCAAAUGCUGAUAAUAUUAGAAGCCAUAUUACCAUGUUACGUUAAACAAAUACAGUUACCGACUUAUAAUAGAGAGGGAAAAACUGAAAAAGAAAUCAUUCAACAGUUAGCAAUAGCUAUUAAAACUCUUGUGAAUAACUGUGAGGGACUAUCCAAAUCAUACAAUGGUCCUUAUAGAACUUCCCCAGAACACAAGGGCUCAUCUCAACGUGGAUGUCCAAGGAGCGCAGCAACUCCGUUCAUGACUCUCGAUAUUCUUGAUGAUGAGUCACACUCUAGAUAUGUUAGCGAUCAUUCUAGACUGCCACCGGUCACGGAUUAUACUGGUGCUGAAGACAGUGAGCUUGUACGAGCUGAAUACCGUCGACCGAGGGAUGUAUUACUUUCGCUCGUUGGAGAAUUCAUUGGACGAGCGAGUACCCGACUUCUAGAUCUCAAUGGUUCUAAAGCUAGCGGUGGAAGCGAGGGUAAACCAGUCGAGCUACUGGAUUCUAAAUCGCAUGCGCGCUUAGCAGAAAUAGCACAUUCUCUGCUGAAAGUAUCGCCAUAUGACCCUGAAUCCAUGGGCUGUCGCGGUCUGCAACGAUAUAUGAUGCAGGUUCUACCAGCGGCAGACUGGGCUGACGACGCAUUAAGACCUGCUUUAAUCAUGAUAUUGAGGAGACUGGAUAAGGUCUUUUUGAAGAUUGCUAAGAAGCCCAGCAUACGGAGAAACACAGAUUGGGAUUCAGCGGCGGUGCUUUUGAAGGGCGUUUACGAGACGAUGAUUCGUUGCCCGUACAUCAUGCAUUGGCAGCAAAUUAAGACUCUUCUUAACACCGUUCAGGCGUUAAUAGUGUCGGAAAAUAACAGUGGAGAAAAUUUAUCAUCCGCUACCGCUGCUUUAAUGUCGCAACCUCCUCCCCCCCACUUUUGCAGUACGGUUGUGAGACUAAUCGCGCUACAAGUUAUUAAUACUGGGGACAGCUAUUCCCUAGAACAGAUGUGUGGCGGUAGUGCUAUAUUCCCUUCAGCUGAGAAAACCGAGAAUAUGCUUAUGAACUUAUUUAUGCCGCUGUGUUUGCGAGUUGGGAGCGGCAGAAAGGACGUUCCACCUCUCCGCCAAUCAGACGUUAGCUACAUAGUGUCAGUGGUGUUAAAUGCAUUGUGCCCGCCAGCGCCACCUGGACAGUUAGCAGCUGUCAACGCCAAACUAAAUGCAGCUGACGCGCGUGUCAACUCAUUAACAUUUACUGGUAGCCGCGAUACGAGGAAUACUAUGAGGCUGUCUAAUCAGCUAUAUAGGAUUGCGUUUCUUGCAUUAAAAGUGCUAUGUGCAUGUUUCACAAGCGAGCUUUGCACGGAAUGGGGACGGAUAGCGCGAGCUAUUCGCGAUCUGGGACGUCGUAACGAAGCCUCCCACCAUCUCUGGGACUUUCUGGAACACACUGUGGCUUAUAGGACCCCACUUUAUGUAUUGCUACAGCCUUUUAUUCUGCAUAAGCUAACACAACCGCCAAUAGGAGACCACGAACGUCAUAUGCAGUUUGUCGUUCGUGAGCGUGUACGUGGAUUGAAAUUACCCGCUGCGCGAGCGCGUGGCGCUUUACUGGCUGAACUUGCGAGAGAACUACGUACUAUGAGAGACACGCACGACCACUAUAAGUUCGAACAAAUAGCGGAGAGCAUAGGACAAAGCGGAGGUAAACGCGCCUCCGAAGCACUGCCACGUAACUUGACAGAGAAGCAACAGCAACAUCGACCUUCCCUUAUAUCCAUGCUUGUCGGGCGAGCGGGGCUACCUCGCACCCCAGACCACCCGCCUGCUACCCUUGCAGCACAGAGAGAAUCGCUGUCAAGCAGUUCGACAACGAGUCAACACGUUCAACACUAUGAGUCAAAUAACAACGGACGCAGUGACAGCGGAAACGUUUGUCUUAGCAGUGGGCAAAUUGGUUCAAAUGGCGACCAGAAGCAGGGUGUUUGCGCUCCGAUAUACACUAAUGCGCAAAAGUUGAGAUUCGGCUCGUCUGUUGAAUUCAGACUUAAUACCGGUGAGACAUCUCAAACACCCCUUUCUCCGCUGUCUAUGGGUGACUCUUGUGGAGAGGAUCCUUUGGAAGAUGAUCGCCCAAGACUUCAGCGCUCUCACGGACCUUCCAAGAAAACCUUUAAGUUCCGACGCAGUAGGAAUUCAAAACCUGACCUAACCCACAUUCGACUGGAAUCGGAUUCAUGUUCAUCUCCUGGACCGGAAACGACGCCCCUACGACGAGCCUGGCCCGGUCUGUUGCCACCAACCGCAACCCACACGGACACCUCGUAUGAUAGUGAAAUAUCACAGACAUCGUCUACUUCUGGAUACAGAGAGAGCUAUAGCCUACAAGCGUCGAUGUCAGAAUCACCAGGGGGGCGUUCAGCUGCAGCUACGCCCCGAGCGAGCCCCGAUGCAUCUCUAAGCUGCGAUUCGGUGACAUCCUCGGCCGAACGUACAGCUCUGUUAGGUGCUGCGAGCCAGCACACUCUGCUUAGUGGAGAAUUAAGAGAUGAGGAUACCCUACUUUGA